ACCUUCCGUGAAUUUCUUCGCCAUCAAACAUGAUUUCCCUCUCAACUCCGACCAAACCUUCUCUCCAUCCAAACAACCUCCGCCUUCAAUUUCGUCCCCACAAUGGGCGCUUACGAAACACUAGCCUCAAUUUUCCUAGGAAAAUCAAGUUGAAAAUCACGUGCUUCGCUGCUAACCAGCCAAACCAGCAGAGGCAGAAGAAACAGAAGAAGAAGACUAUGAGCUCCAGUGAAACUGAACCUGGGAUCGACCCAGUUGGGUUUCUCACCAGACUCGGAAUUUCCGACAGGAUUUUCGCUCAAUUUCUCCGAGAAAGAUAUAAAGCACUGAAGGACCUUAAAGAUGAGAUUCUCCGGCGGCACAUGAAUUUCAGAGAUUUCUGUUCAGGAUUUGAGUUACUGGGGAUGCAUCGGCAUCUGGAACAUCGGGUUGAUUUUAUGGACUGGGGUCCAGGCGCACGGUAUGGUGCUAUAGUUGGUGAAUUCAAUGGAUGGUCCCCCACGGAAAAUGCUGCAAGGGAGGGUCUUUUUGGCCAUGAUGAUUAUGGAUACUGGUUUAUUAUUCUUGAAGAUAAGUUAAGAGAAGGUGAAAAACCAGAUGAGUUGUACUUUCAGCAGUAUAACUAUGUUGAUGACUAUGAUAAGGGUGAUAAUGGUAUGUCGGCCGAAGAAAUCUUCAAGAAAGCUAAUGACGAGUAUUGGGAACCGGGUGAAGAUCGGUUUGUGAAUAACCGUUUUGAAGUCCCUGCGAAGCUGUAUGAGGAACUGUUUGGCCCGAAUGGUCCUCAAACAAUAGAAGAGCUAGGAGAAAUGGCAGACGCAGAAACAAGGUAUAAACAAUGGAAAGAGCAGCAUAAAGAUGAUCCACCGAGUAAUUUACCUCCAUGUGAUGUGAUUGAUCAAGGAAAACCAUUUGAUAUCUUCAAUGUCAUAACAACUCCAGAGUGGACGGAGAAAUUUCGUGGAAAAACAGCUCCCAUUCCGUAUUGGUUAGAGACUCGAAAAGGAAGAUUAGCCUGGUUAAAAAAAUAUAUUCCAGCUGUUCCACAUGGAAGCAAGUACAGACUGUAUUUCAACACUCCUGAUGGACCACUCGAACGAGUGCCUGCUUGGGCUACAUAUGUGCAACCAGAGGGUGAAGGAAAGCAAGCAUAUGCAAUUCACUGGGAACCUCCUCCUGAAUCUGUGUACAAGUGGAAAAGUUCCAAACCAAAAGUUCCAAAGUCCUUGCGUAUAUAUGAAUGCCACGUUGGGAUCAGUGGGUCUGAGCAAAAAAUUUCUACCUUCGCUGAAUUUACCAAGAAGGUCCUUCCCCAUGUAAAAAGAGCUGGAUACAAUGCAAUCCAGUUGAUAGGAAUUCCUGAGCACAAGGACUAUUUCACUGUUGGUUAUAGGGUUACCAAUUUCUUUGCUGUUAGUAGCCGAUAUGGCACACCUGAUGAUUUUAAGCAUUUAGUAGAUGAAGCCCAUGGACUAGGACUUCUUGUCUUCCUAGACAUUGUGCAUUCUUAUGCAGCAGCUGAUCAGAUGGUUGGGCUCUCACAUUUUGAUGGUUCAAAUGAUUGUUAUUUCCAUUCUGGUAAAAGGGGAUAUCACAAACACUGGGGAACUCGCAUGUUCAAAUAUGGGGAUCUUGAUGUUCUUCAAUUUCUCCUAUCAAAUCUGAACUGGUGGGCUACAGAGUAUCAGGUUGAUGGUUUCCAAUUUCAUUCACUUGCCUCAAUGAUUUACACUCACAAUGGUUUUGCUUCUUUUACCAAUGAUUUGGAGGACUAUUGCAAUCAGUACGUCGACCGAGAUGCUUUGAUGUACCUCAUUUUGGCCAAUGAGUUCCUUCAUAUUCUUCAUCCAAAUAUAAUAACAAUUGCUGAGGAUGCAACAUAUUACCCUGGAUUAUGUGAGCCAGUUUCUCAAGGUGGACUUGGAUUUGAUUAUUAUGUCAACCUUUCCGCAAGUGACAUGUGGCUGUCUCUCCUGGACAGUACACCAGAUAAUGAAUGGAGCAUGAACAAGAUUGCAAGUACAUUGAUGGCCAAUCGAGAGUAUGCAGAAAAGAUGGUCGUCUAUGCAGAAAAUUACAACCAAUCCAUAUCGGGAGGGCGGUCAUUCGCAGAAAUCCUGUUUGGCGCAGCCGACAAUGAUCCUUCUGGAAGGAAAGAAUUGCUUCUCAGGGGAACUUCACUUCAUAAGAUGAUUAAACUGAUCACAUUUGCAAUCGGUGGUCUUGCUUACCUCAAUUUCAUGGGAAAUGAAUUUGGACAUCCUGAGAGUGUUGAGUUCCCAAUGCAUAGCAAUGACUUCUCAUUCUCACUUGCGAACCGUCGCUGGGAACUGAUGGAAAGAGGAGUGCAUCAUGAUCUGUUUUCAUUUGAUAAGGAGCUAAUGGCGUUGGACGAAAGCGAAUGUAUUCUUGCAAAAGGUCUUCCAAGCAUUCACCAUGUGAAUGAUGCAAAUAUGGUAAUAUCUUUUUCACGGGGUCCUUUCCUGUUUAUAUUUAAUUUUCACCCCUCAAAAUCAUAUGAAAGCUAUGGUGUUGGAGUGGACGAAGCUGGGGAAUACAGUGUGAUACUGAACACCGAUGAAGUAAAAUAUGGUGGUCAAGGACUUCUGAAGGAGGACCAAUAUCUUCAACGAACAAUUAGCAGAAGAGUUGAUGGUCAGAGAAACUGCUUGGAGGUAUUUCUACCCAGCAGGACUGCCCAGGUUUACAAGCUGACAAGGAUUCUUAGAAUAUGAUUCACACCGGCCGAGUUGGACCGGAGGCUGGGGGUUGAUCCCUCGUUUGAGCAGAAUCUGAGGCGAUAUGGAGUGCGGAAUGAGUCAGGAUGGUUCAGAGGACGAGACAUCGGGCCCACUUUUUGGAAUGUUUGAGCAGUUCCCGACAGAUUUUCCCGAGCAUUUGAGUGUGUCGAGAAGAUCCUCUCCGCUCUCGGGCCUUGAUUAACGUCAAUAGUUCAUCUGCUUGGUCCGGUCAUUCCACAAAAAAGGACGCACCCAACCAACAGAACAUGAAGGGUUGAAGUAGUUGCUUCACGUAAUGUAAUGUCGUAGUGUCUGUAGAUAUAUGAAGCUUCCAACUUGUGAUUGUGUUUCAAAGUUAAUUAGCUGAAGUUUAUACAGUUCUUAAAUUUGGAUACA